UUCAUCUCUGGCCUCACUUUACCAUGGCUGCAACCAUGAGGCCAGGAAACACCCUCCUCCUCCUGCUUGCCAUCUCCUCUGCCCUCCUCCCCCUCGCCUCCCACGCCGCCGUCCCCAAUGUCGGCUCCCACGGCAAGCCCCUCCCCCCGGUUGACCCUCGGAUCGUCCCCUUCUGCAACCAGACCCACCACCCCGAAAUCUGCAUCAACUCGGCCCGCCUCUACGCCGGCAAGCUCCAGGUCAUCGACGCCACCAACGUGUUCAACAUAUUAAUCGAGGCGCUCCAAGACCGCAUCCAUGUCGUCGCCGCCAGGACCAAAGCGAUGUCCCAGAGGCAGACGUCCAACAAGGUGCUCACUUGCAUCAAAUCCUGCCUCGAAUAUUAUAACGACGCCAUGGACAACACCAAGGAAGGGGUGGAGGCGUUCGUCGCGCGCGACGUAGGGACAUUCGUCACCAGAUUCAGCUCGGCCAUCACCAUGUUCAGCACUUGCAACGACGGCUUCGAAGAAUUCUCGCUUCCGAACCCGCUGGAACAUCACAAUAACCGGUUGAUGAACAUGGCUGGCAACUGCAUCGCCGUCGGCAAAAUGACCUUUAAAGAUGUGUAUUAAGCGGCCGAAGUGCUUUCUCUCUGCUUCUGCUCUUCCGCAAGUGUUACAAGUGCUGCUGCUUGUUUUGAAGAAGGGUACUGGACCGACGGUGGGUUUUUAUGUUGUGUUCUUUUUUCUUCUUUUCUUCUGCGUUUCUCUCCUUCCUUUGAGUUGACUGUGAUGGCUACGGGUGUCUCCGGAAUAUGAGAGGGCAGCUACUUAAUUCCCAUGACCAUAAAUUUCUCCUCCAUCAAUCCAUAUAUAUUCAUCAAUAACCUUCGCAAUGUCCUUACGAGUCUCGUAAUAAUUAACUCUGUGAUGAUUGAAUUAUUCA